AGCGCACCUUAGUGACUGAGAUCCACAGAGCAACAUGGCUGGUUUCCCAACACAUCCCAUCCUCAUCUUUCUCCUCUGCCAACUCCCAGUGCUGGAAGCUUCAGAAGAAUUGAAGGAGCUGGUCUGUGCCCUAGGUGGAUCUGUGACUUUUCCUCUGAAUUUCACAAUAGAGCCGGUUGACAGUAUUGUCUGGACCUUCGAAACGGUCACUCUUGCCACCAUACAGCCAGCCACGGAGAACAAUCCAGCCAAGAUCAUAGUGACUCAAAGUCGUAACAGGGAAAGGAUGAACUUCACAAGUGAAAACUACUCCCUGAAACUCGAUAAGCUGAAGAAGAAUGACUCGGGUGCCUACCGUGUGGAAAUACACAGUUCAUCCUCCCAGAAUCCCUUCAUCCAAAAGUAUAAGCUGGAUGUCUAUGAGUACCUGGUAGAGCCCAAAGUCACCAUGGCUCUGCAGAGCAAUAAGAAUGGCACCUGUAUGACCAAUCUGACAUGCUCCAUGGAGCAGGAAGGAGAGAAUGUGACCUACAGCUGGAAGGCCCAAGGGCAGUUGAUGAACAUGUCCUAUAACGGCUCCUUCCUCCCUGUUUCCUGGAGUCUGGAGGAAAGAGAUAUGAGCUUCAUCUGCAUUGCCAGUAACCCCAUCAGCAGCAACUUCUCCAGACCCAUCUUUGCCAGGAAACUCUGUGAAGGUGUCACUAGUGAUGCAAAUGUCUUCAUAUUCUUCCUGAUUCUCCUGUUGCUGCCCAUCACGCUUGUUCUCCUUGUACUGGUGCUGGUUCACUGGAGAUCACAGAGAAAGAAAGAAAAAGAGUUCAUGGAAAAGAAGAGAACAAAUUCACACCAGAAAAGUCCUGACUUCCACCCACAUACUGGAGAGAACUCAGAGUAUGCCACAUUCUCAUCUUCUGAUAAAAAAAUCUCAGAGGAAGAUCCUGAGAAUAUGUUGUAUUCUACUGUACAGAUACCAAAAAAGGUGGAGAAUCCGUACUCACUGCCUGGGACACAAGACGUAGCAAGGCAAGUCAGCUUUGAGAAUGUCAUGUAGAAAGCUAUGCAUUCCAUCAAGUUCUUCCCAGAAGAAAAUGACAGGAGAAGUCAGUGAUCUGACCAGAGCAUCAAAGAAGAAUUAAGAGCGCUGACUUCUAGAACGCACCAGCUUGUAACUAGCUUUCAGAUUUAAGAAUUCAUAAUUCUACUUACCUCUUCUCAAACUCUAAAUGAGAAAUCAUUUCUUCCUGAAAAUGUGGUUGUCAGCUUGUCAGAAAACCCCAAGAAGGCAACUUAGAAGAGACUUUGUAGAAAUCGAGAUGUAAAGUAGUGUCACUGGUAUUAAUGACAGUCCCUGUUGCAUUAAUGAUGGCUCCAAGCCAAGGUCUGGCAUCCUGUCACUCCAGGGCUGGAGGUCAAAAAUAUGCCAAGAGUCUGCUUGCCAGGAGAGCAAGUCUUCUUGCCAGAUCUAUUGGAAAAACAAGUCCAGCAGAACCAGGUAUAGAUACUGACUCCUCAAUACUGGGUGCCUGGUACUGUGCUAUGCCAAGACACCGUCUUGAAAAAGUGGUUCCUCAUGGACAUUUUUAAUGGGCAGUCAUGGUAGACCUGAUCACAGUUGGCCAGAGAAUCGAGCAUGGAUGUAUAGGACUCGAAGGCCAAAGUACAGAAAGAUGGAGAAUCCGGGCCAAAACAAUGGUUGGCACCAUUGACCGAGACUCAUAGAUGUACCUGGACAAGGACGAAGACCUCCAGCACUAACUUUAUUUAUAUUCUUGGGCUACAGGAAAAUAGCCUGGGGCCAAGUUUUGUAUAGGAGCCCAUUUCAUUGGUGAAAUGGAGUCAAAGGGCACAUUUUGGACCUAGUAGAGGAAAUCAGGGGUCAAAGAGUGGUGACUUGGGAGAUGAUUACUGGAAAACCUUUCAGAUCUUUAAUUUGCUCAGCAAAUGUUUCUUGAGAAGUUGUACUAAGACAGUCUGGUAAAUGAAACAAACAUGAUCCCUGCCUCCAAUAGAACUCACCUUCUUUUGAAGAAGUAAAAACCUGAAGAGGGGGUGGGGCAAGCUGCUUAUGAUUGGUUCCCUGACACAUGUCUUAACUAGAACCAGAAAGGAAUCUGGUGUCCCAGUGCUGGCAGUAGGAACUCAAGUAGGACAAAGUCUGUUUAACCUUGUGAAAGCACAAAAUCUCUCUGGAAUGGUGGGGUUGAGGUGGGGACAGGCUUCUGAUGUAAGAGGGACAAGGUAAGAGAAAAUAAACUUACAAGAGAUAAGUGAGGCAGUAGAGACUGGAGAAACAGGCUAAGACUGAUUUGAGAGGAAAUGGAAGUUAAUAGUAGGAUGCAGUCCACUAAACUGAGACAAUAGGAGGAUAGCCAGACCCACCUCCUGCCUGAAUCAUGCUUGAGGAAUGAAUUAUGUGACAGAUAUUAUAAGUGUUUGUAAUUUUAAUAUAAUUUAGGGUAGAAAGGCAGAAAUAAAAUUUUAAAAUUCAUAUUCAUUUUAAUUGAAAGACAGAGGUGGUUUCUACCUGCUGACUCACCCUGCUAAUGUCUUUAACAGCCAGGGCUGGACCUGGUCCAAGUCAGGAACCUGGAACUCAAGCUGGCUCUGCCAUACGGAUGGCAGAGAACUGAGUCUUGGGACUAUCACAGGUGUGCGUUAGGAGGACGCUGGAGCUCAAGAGGAGUGACAGAGAAGUGGGGACUCAGACUAGGCACUCCAGUUUGGAAUAUGAUUGUAUCAAGCAGUGACUUAGCCAUUAUACCAAAUCUGCAAUCACCUGCCACCACCAAGUUUUUUAUUUUAAUAAAAUCA